UGUUCCCCUUGUCGCUUUCACCGAGGUCGAGAUCACCCAAAAAAUUGCGAAAGCUUACCCGGGUGCAUAGGCCAAAUCAAAUAUUACCCCUCCUACUAUCUUCAGCCACUAGAUGGUGACACCAAGGACGUAACAAGAACAACCGCCAAUUGUGAUAUUAUAGAAAAAGACUUCUGGUCUUGUUGGUUAGUGGCUUCGGUUGAUUUGUUUCUUGGAAGUCGUUUCACAAAGAGGUUCAGCACCUGGAAGUCCAUGUACUUACAGAUCCUAAGUCUGAAAUCAGUUUCGCGUUCAUUUUGCACUAGUGCAAAGGAUGGCAGCUGUGGCUGAAGCGGCACCCUCACCCGCACCGGACAAGCGCUUCGAGGUGAAGUCAUGGAAUGCUGUGGCUUUGUGGGCGUGGGACAUUCUGGUCGACAACUGUGCAAUUUGCCGAAAUAACCUGAUGGAGCCCUCGAUUGAGUACCAGGCGAAUCCAGCGCUAGCCGGGCCGGACCAUGCUGGUCUGCAGAUCGCGUUCGGGUGCUGCGGGCACGUUUUUCAUUUGGAUUGCAUUCAGCGAUGGCUCAAGACGCGAAAUGUCUAUCACAUGGGAGAUCAUCGUGGGCGAAAUCAAAAUUUUCAUGAAAUGAACUAGUUCGCACCAGGUCAUGACGUUUUUGCAAAAUGAAGAGAGAUCGAAGGAUCUUUCUUGUUUCUAUGCAUUAUUCAGCACACUGCACCCUCCAACUCUGAUUUGGCUCACGAUUUUCUUCCGAUAGUGCCUGUCCGUUGUGCAACCGAGACUGGGAGUUUUCCAAGAUAGAGUCGAUCGGUCGGGGCAACUUCGACCGCCUGGGUUUCCACGCGCAGUCAUAAGCGUUUCAUCUCGCGCCCCUUUGCUGCAGAAGUUGAAGAAGAACCUUGUCACCGGCUAUUUUUUUUAGCAAGCGGUCCCAUUUUUUUGUUGUAAAAACACUACACACGCCUUCAAUUGAGCUGGUUGCGAAGGUGAACUAAUUUUACUGGUCUUGUAUCAGAGUGGUUGGCGUUUCUCUUUCCUCGUAGACAAGAAAUUGAAUUCAUUUGAGUGGCGUCCUGUUUCGACGAUACGCAAGAACGACAGCUGUGGUACUAAAUGAUGACGAAAUGUAUGAAAAACAAGUUUGUUUUGAUUGGACUGGCACUAGUGGUUGUAUACAACCCGUGCAUACCGCAACGCAUGCUCAUAGGUGGGAGUCAGUUG